CUAUUAGUUGAAGUGAAACCGGCUAACGGAGCAGAAUGCGACCGUCCAGCCGCAUUAACUUUAUAUUUUAACACGAUUUUAAAGUUUCGUUUAACUCUGCGUAACGUUUCAACAACAUACAGAAAUAAAUACAGAGUUAUUUGUUCGGUUUAAGUUAAAUUUCCGCCUAUAAACCCGGAAGACUCUUUGUUUCUCACCAUAAUCACCGACAAAGGACCGGACACCAGCCCGGUUCCGGUAGAACAGAACAGAACAGGACUAGAAUGUGCACUGAACCAGAACCAGAACCCAGUCUGUGCUCUGGUUUUGUGCUCUGGUUUUGUGCCUUUUUACUCGGACAUGGCCUCUAACCCCCCAGGACAAGGUUUUCAGAAUAAGGCUCGGGUGGCGAUCCUGGCCGAGCUGGAGAAGGAGAGGAGGCGGCUGAUCCAGACCAGCCAGUCCCUGAACACACCUGGAGCCAGUAUUUCUUUAUCCAGACCGAGUAUGAAGGAGUUCAGGGACAACGCUGAGCAGCAGCACAUUGCAGCACAGCAGAAAGCAGCUCUGCAGCACGCACAUGCACACUCUUCAGGCUUCUUCAUCACUCAGGACUCAUCCUUCGGGAACCUCAUCCUCCCUGUCCUUCCUCGCUUGGAGCCUAGUUCUUGACCUUUGACCUCCACUGGUUCAGUGUUGGACAAACAUGAACUUUGAACAUCAUACAUGCACAUUGGUCCUGUGUCUCUCAGAACUGAGGACUGGACAGUUUUUUUGUGAUGUUAUAAACUCAGGGCAGAAUUAACCUGUUACUUUAACCUUUUCCAGAUGAACAGGUCGGCUGCUAUUUGUGGGAAUCUUUUCAAACAGUAACAAGAAUCAUCUUAAACGGUGUAAAGCAUAAAUUAAUAUUCUGUGCUGACAACUGUAACCAUGUGGCCUUUGAUAAAACUCAAUAUUUUGUUAGAUUUUUUUUUUUUAAUAUAUUUGUAAUGAAUUUGUGUUGUAAUUUGGAAAAUAAAUUGGAACAAUUAUUUGUC